AUUUGACUAUAGACAAUCAUAGCCAACUUGUGUUUGCCAUAUUUGCCCACUAUUAUCUUUUUCCCUUCCUUUUCUCAGUCUAUUUCCUCCAGAAAAGGAAAAAUAAAAAUAAAAGAACAAUUUUAGCUUUGGAUCUUUGGGAAGGGUUCUCUAACAUACUGAAACAAAAAGAAAAGAUUUCUGGGAUUUUUGGUAAAUCUUCUUUGGCAAACAUUUUUUUUUCUUGUGUAUGUGUGUGUGUGUGUGUGUGUGUGUGUGUGUGUGUAUUAAUAAGAAUAUAAAAAAGAAAAAAGAAUGGGGGCAGGGGAAGAAGUCUCAAGUUCUAGCUCUGGGAAUCAAAAUGGGAGCCAUAGCGACAUAACCAAUGUGAUUUUGAAUGUUUAUGAUCUAACUCCUAUCAAUAAUUACUCUUAUUGGGUUGGUUUUGGGAUUUUCCACUCCGGUAUUGAAGUUCACGGUAAAGAGUAUGGGUUUGGGGCUCAUGAUUUUCCUAUUAGUGGAGUUUUCGAAGUGGAACCAAAGAGCUGCCCGGGUUUUAUCUAUCGAUGUUCCAUCUUGUUGGGGUGCAUAAACAUGUCAUUCUCUGAAUUCAGAGCAUUGAUCGAGAGUGUAGCUUCUGAGUAUCAUGGAGAUACCUAUCACCUCAUCUCCAAGAACUGUAAUCACUUUACAGAAGACAUUGUGCAUAGGUUGACAGGCAAACACAUCCCUGGAUGGGUUAACCGGUUGGCUCGUAUAGGUUCUUUAUGCAGCUGUUUACUACCUGAAAGCCUUCAAGUAACUACAGUGAAGCAGUUGCCUGAAUACCACGAAAUGGAAGAUGGAACCGAAACUCUCUCAACUGCCAGCCCAGGCGGCUCAACAGAAAUCGACGAUACAGAUCCAGAAAAGCAGUUGCUGUCACCAAAAGAUGGGAAUUCGGAUAUAUCUUUUAUUAAAGAAGCCCAAAUGUGUGAAUGCAAGGUACCAUGAAAAGGGAGCUUUCCAUUGAAUGUCUUUCAUAGUUUCAUCUGAAUGUUGUAAUUAGAUUUCUAGUAUUCCCUCCAUCUUUUUUUUUUCGGUUUUUUCAUUUAUUAUUAUUUUUUCUCCUUUUCAUUGUUUAAGCAGAAGAAAAUGGCAUUGGUAGUGUAGUUUGUUGUUGCUGCCUUGUAAGAGUGGAUGCCAAUUGGCAUUGCAAAUAAUUAUAUUGUGAGGUUUUAUGACAGGAAGUAAAAACAUUUCAAAGCCAUACAAAA